GAUACGAAGGAUAGGCAUUGAGAGGUGAGAGAUGCAACAUAAGAAAAGCUUCACUAACCUUUCCCAUUUCAGAAUCUACUUAAAAUCUUUUUUCCAACUCCAACGAAAAUAAGAAAAUGGCAGCUCUCUCUCAAAUAUCUUCAUCUCUCUGCACUUCACUUCCGGAUGUUUGUGUUUUGAAUGCAUCAAGAAUUCAUCCAGUUUGUAGGAUACCCAUUUCGAAUAUUGCUCGAAUUGGAACCUCAUUUGCCUCUGGUUCUCCACUUUUGAUUCAAGGAACUUCGCGACAAAGGACACUUAAACAGAAAUCAGGAGUUAUUUCUAUAAGAUGUGAGCAAGGAACCAAAGAAGCUGGUGGCUUAGAUAUAUGGCUUGGACGGUUUGCAAUGAUUGGGUUUGCUGUGGCUAUCACUGUUGAAGUAUCAACUGGCAAAGGACUUCUAGAGAAUUUCGGGCUCACUUCGCCAUUGCCAACAGUGGCUUUGGGUGUAACAGCACUUAUUGGCGUAUUAACAGCCAUUUUCAUCUUUCAAUCCUCAACUGAUAAGUGAUUAGUUGCGGUAUUCCUGAUGUGCUAUCACAACAACUGAUCUUGAGUGAAAUGUAAUUUAUUAUCCCCGUUUCUUUAUCAGAUUAUAUUACAGGAGUUUUGUUAUAAUAACAGUUUCCUUGUUUUCUAGUCA